UAACCAGUGGAUGCCAAAUUGGGGGCCAUUAUCAUAAAGAAUUGUUCCAGUAUAUAUAUAUAUAUAGGCCUAUGCACUUCUAAUAAAUUGUAUCAUAUCUAGGUUUCUGAUUAAUAAUAUAUGCUAACCAGCCAGUCCAGUUGUUAAUUGUAAUAUUCACGUCGAGUUUAUUAAUAUUAUUGUAAACGUUUCUCUUGAUUUUUUUUUAUUACGAUUCAUUUGCGGUUGCUUCAAGUAGAGUUUUUUUUUGUUUGUAAGAGGUUCUGUUACGCAUAAACAUGUCAAUUAUGGUACAUUUUGCGUCAUUUCUCAUUCUCACGACUUUCACGGCGCAACUGGAGGCAGUCAGGGUCUUCGCGGGAGUUUUCUACAAGGAGCUACGUCACGCUGUAGCGUAUGAAUCAUCGGUUCCACUAACAUACGAGGUAGAUUUCCCGGCAGCUCAGCUCGACAUCUUGCAGGCGGAAAGGGUGUUCUGGCCUAACUGUCAACAAGAGGAUUGCAGUUUAGCGGAUGCGGUAGAAGUUUUGUAUAAUUCUACAAACGGAAUUCUUCGCAACAGUCAUGCUGCUUUCAACUCUUCAAUUCGUUUGGGAACUCAAGCUUCACGAAAGACCAGAGCGAUCGAUGUUGUCGGCGAUUUUCUUCAUUUUUGUUGCGCAGUCGCGACGGAUGGGGAACUUCAUAAGCUGGAAUUCAACGAAAAACAUGUAGCUGAUCACCUCAACGCAUUCCAAGGGUUGGUUGCAGACGACCACAAAGAUUUAAUUCGGAUUUCUCGCAACUUGAGGCAGUUUGCUGGAAAUUUUUCUCAGCAAUUUCACGAUGCGUAUAGCAAAUUAACAGACAGUAUGAGAUUAUUCGUACAACAGAAUGUAUCGGAGGAGAAAACACUGUUCACAAACCAGUUAUUAAUUUACAUUUUUCACCUCUACUCACAUGUAAAUAUUUUAUCACGGCAGGAAUUCAUAAAUACUGCGAAGGAACGCUGUGAUAAAAAGCUUUUACCCUUUUCGCUGGUACACCCCAAUUUAUUACGUUCAGAUCUCUUCAGAUUGGAGAAAGGAUAUAAGUCGAAAGGACACCAGUUAGCUAUACCUCUAUCGGAUUUGCAGCGAUAUUUUGAUCUUCCACUUACGACUUGCGUGGUGAAGGAGAACUCCAUGGUGCUUAGUUUAAAAGUACCAUUGGUCAGCAUCGGCGGACAGUUUCAAUUGCACAAGUAUGUGAGGACACCUAUGUAUUUCGACGGCCAGAUUUGUCAGCUUCAGCAGCAGGAUUUCGUUUUGGCGCGGAGACAGGAGGACGGUGAGAUUCAGGUCAUCUCGGGAGAUCAUCUCUCUUCUUGUCGGGCACAGGACGAUUUCUUAUGCUAUCUUCCGCGGCUGGUGCAUGGAGGACAUAUGUCAUCAAGAUGUAUGCAUCACUUGUUUGCGGUGACAGAGCUGAAGGACAUCCAACAAUAUUGCAGUUUAAGCUGUCGUCCAGCUAAGCAGGAGUUGGAGAUCGUCGAAUUUUCGCCUUCGGAGUAUAUCGUCGCGAAUAUACAGGCCAACACUACAGUCACUUGCGAGGGAGGUUCGUUUCAUCAUCUUCAACCUAUUCCGGGAGCAAUGUAUGUGGUUUUACCCUGUCAUUGCGAGAUUUCGGUCGGCGGGAGAAUAAUGGUGAGAAAGACUUUUCCAUGUGACGCAAAUGUUGAUAAACAACCUCAGGUUCUCCAUUACUUACCUUUGCAUUGGGUUAAGUUUAAUUCGUUGAAAAUUGAUGUUUUGCAACCGCAUUUCAAUCCUAAUUUUGUUAAUUUUAGCGAAAUUUUAAAAACUGAUAUAGAUAUAAAGGUUCCGGAAUUUACAGUUCAAGACGUAAUAUCGUCAGAUAUAUUUCACAAAGUAGAUCUUCCAAAUUCUUGGGGAGAUGUUGUAAAUUCCUCUAGUUUUGUUUUUUAUAUAUUAUUUGGCUGGUUAGGGUUUUUAACUUUAUUCUGUGCAUAUUUAGGCAUCAAGUUGUAUGUGUGUAAAUUAUCUGCUGUAACGGUAGCACAACCCAAGAUACAUAUAAUCGAUAGUUAGGAGUUAUAUAGUUACUUUUUGAUAGAUUAACUGUUUUAUUGUUUUUUUUUCUUGAC